CAUGGGUGUCACGCCGUCUUGCGACGAUCUAGAACCGCAGCAGUCAAUAUGACAGCGCACGUGGUUCCCAUGCUCGAUUGGCCAUGUGCUGUGGCAGCUCCAGUCUUGGUUGUUCAACCCGUGCCGCUGCUGCAGCCUGUGCCAGUACCCGUUGUCACCGUGCCACCUGCAUGGGGUUUGGUUCCAGACAUCGGUUCCAUGCUGAAGCAGGCCAUGCAAUCGAUGCCCGUGGACUUCCAGCACAGUGCACAGGAUCCAACACGGCGAAUCCUGUGCUACGGCGACAGCCUCACUGCUGGCUUCUUCGCGGGGGGCCACAAGUUCGACCCAUACGGCCGCACCAUGUCUGAGGCUUUGGCAGCGGCCGGCGUCUCUUGCCAGGUUACGGUGUGCGGCCACAGCGGCGCUACCAGCCGCGAGAUGCUGGAGGCCUCGGAUAGUCAGUCACAACUGGUGGAUGCUUUGGGCUGUCGAGGAGACGCGCUUUCCCAGAUCCUGGAUCGCCGAUCCUAUGAUUUGGUCAUCAUCAUGUCUGGCACGAACGACAUGGGCCUAGGGACAGAAAUCCCGGUCAUUGCAGAGGAUGUGCAGAGAUUGCACGGCAUUUGUCAUGACCGAGGCGUUCCCACGGUCGCAUUGGCACCACCUCCGGCACCAAGCUUUCCGGAGCAGGAGCUGCAGCGCCAGCUCCUUGUCGGAGAGCUUCGAAACUUCUGUCAGCACUCCGCAUAUGUUCGAGAAUUUAUUGAUCCUGCAGAGAUAAUGCCUGUUGUGCACGGGCAAUACUGGGAUCCGGAUGGACUUCACUUCGCCCCAGCGGGCUCCCAGGCCGACGUCUUGCAGCGUCACGCGCACACCUACACUCGCCGCACAGCUGGCAUCGCCCGCCAAACGGAAGUCCUUACAAGCCUUCUUCGCUUUGCGCUUGCUGAGGGCAAGCGCCGGGGCAUGUUGUGGAUCGCAGUCGUCGGGACCGAGAGCAGUUUUGCGGUUGCCCAGUUCCGUCAAGAUUCAGGAAGUCGAAUGUGGAGACCACCCCGCAGGCUGGAGUUCAGCAUUGAAGAGAUCCGGAUCGCAGUCUUGCAGUUGAUCGUGUUCGUGUCGAUGCUAACGAAUAAUGGGGUGGAUUGCUAUGUACAAAUAUCGGGGGAGAGCGUUAUGGUGGUUUUCAUGCUCGGGCAGGCUCGACAACAAGAGGAUGCUGCUCAGCAUGCAGAAGCCAUGCGAUCUCAAGAAGCUCGGGCUGCGGAGGAGGCGCGUGUGGCAGAGGAGGCACGGCGAGCAGAGGAACGAAAGAUCGCCGAGGAAGCCAAGCGCAUAGAGGAAGAGAGGCAAGCAGAGCAGGCCAGGCUUGCGGUGGAAGCCAGGCUUGCCGAGGAAGCGAAGAGUGCAGAAGAACGACGACUCGCAGAAGAGGCAAGGCUCGCCGAAGAAGCGCGCAUGGCGGAAGAGGCCCGCCUUGCGGCGGAAGCGAGGCUCGCGGAAGAAGCUCGCUUGGCAGAAGAGGCUCGAAUUGCCGAAGAAGCAAGGCUUGCAGAAGAAGCGCGCUUGGCAGAAGAGGCUCGACGUGCGGAGUUCGAGGCCAAGCUGCGUGCGGAGAUGGAGGCGAAGGAGAAGCAAGUGAACCAGCGGGUUGACGGAGAUGGCUGCAUCACCUGGGAGGUCGACCUGAUGAAGAACGAAGGCGAGGCGUUUGGCUUCUCCCACAGCAAUGGCAAGGCUGGAGCUGGUUUGUUGCAGCUCUGCAGAGUUUCGAAGCCCUUUCGACUCCUUUGA